GGAGAAAUUUUUAAUAUUCGCACUUGUUUUUGUUAUUAAUUUGAAUUAAUGAUCGACUCCGAGGUACUGCAAAGCGAGCGGGUCAAGCUGAAGAGGGAUAUUGCGGAGCUGCGGGUCACCCUCAACAGGAAGGAGCAAUGUCUACGCGAACUGGAGGAAGCGAUAACCGCCGGCGAUGAUAGCGAUGGAGCGGAGGAUUCGUCCUCGACCACACCACAGACCCAACUCACCAACGAUGACAUAGCCCGAUACAGCCGACAGCUGAUACUGCAGGACUUUGGAGUGCAGGGCCAGUUGAAGCUGAAGAACAGCUCCGUGCUGAUUGUGGGUAUGGGAGGAUUGGGAUGUCCGGCCGCACAGUACCUGGUCUCAGCAGGAUGCGGGCACCUGGGCCUUAUCGACUACGACGAUGUGGAACGCAGCAAUCUACAUCGACAGAUCCUGCACUCGGAGCAGCGCUGCGGUAUGUCCAAGGCAGAGUCGGCAAGGAUUGCGCUGCUCGAACUUAAUUCGCACUGUCAGAUUCGCUGCCACUCGAGGGUGAUCAACAGCAUAAAUGCGAUGCACAUAGUACGGCCGUAUGACGUGGUUCUGGACUGCAGUGACAAUGUGGCCACGCGGUACCUGCUCAACGAUGCGUGUGUGAUGCUGCGCAAGCCUCUGGUCUCUGGCAGUGCGCUCAAGAUGGAUGGACAACUGACCGUAUAUGGCUAUGGGCAGGGACCUUGCUACCGCUGCAUCUAUCCGGUACCUCCGCCACCCGAAGCGGUCACCAAUUGCGGCGAUGGCGGCGUUCUGGGCGCCGUCACAGGAAUCAUUGGCGCCAUGCAGGCCCUGGAGGCAAUUAAGGUCAUCAUCGGCUUGGGCGAUGUGAUGUCCGGCCGUCUACUCAUCUUCGAUGGAAGCAGCUGCAUGUUCCGCAACAUCCGCAUACGCACCAAACGUCCCAACUGUCACGUGUGCUCUGCCCAGCCGCUGAUCACGGAACUAAUCGACUACGAAAUGUUUUGCGGAAUGCAUGCUACUGACAAAGACAAUCCCCUGGACCUACUGGAGCCGGAACAGCGGCUGGAGGUCAAGGAAUACCAUCAGAAUCUACAGACGCAGCCACAUCUGCUGAUUGAUGUGCGGCCGCCGGCAGAGUUUGAGAUUUGCCAGCUGCCCCAGUCCAUCAACGUGCCACUGAGUGAAAUCCUGGACGACAGCUACCUUAAACGCUUCGCCAAGCAGCUGGAGGACAAGGAGUUACCCAUUAUUCUGCUCUGUAGGCGUGGCAACGAUUCACAAAUCGCUGUUCAGCAUGUUAGCAAUCGAUUUCCAGCACAUUCCGUUCGGGAUCUGGUUGGUGGACUCCAUGCUUGGACAAGCAGUGUGGACGCUAGUUUUCCUAUUUACUAAUUCCAAGGACCAUGACUUGAUGCACAUACAUAUAUUUUUUGUUCCUGAUUGAAGUGUACAAUUUUCCCUCGUUUUUAUUUCACUUAUUGUUGGUAUAAAUAAAUAAAAGACAAGCAGA